GGAUCAAGCUGUGGUUCAAAGUGAAAUUUUUGCUUCCCUACUGCGGCAUAGGUGACAUGGAUGCAGUUGAGGUGCAACCUUCUACACCCUCAGGUGCUGUGCCCUCAGCUGAUGCUCCAGCCACUCCCAAGAAGAAGCCUUCUUCGAAGGUGGCUAAGGCCAAAGCUAAGGCCAGUCCUAAGGUGCCUCCUACCCCUAUGAAGGCCAUGAAGGUCAAGAAGACGAUCAAGCAGGCUCCAAAGGCAAAGCCGGUUGCCGCGCCUGCUACGAAGGCCAAAGCUUCAGCCAAGAAAGGCAUGAAGAGGCCUGCAGCUGCAGCUGUGGUUGUGCCAGUGAUGAAGAAGCCAGCUUCUGCCAGUGCUGUUGCUUCCUCCAGGUCCCAGGGCGGUGCACCUUCUUGGGCCCAAGGGUUUGAAGAUGAAGCUGCACUUGAUCAUGAAGGAGGUGAAGAAGAAACUCCUGAGGUCGACGACGAGGAGUCCGUUGACAGGUUCGAGAUUUGCAACGAGAACAGGGACCGCGUGAAGGCCAACAAGUUCAAGCAGCUCUUGGCACAGGGAUCCCUCCCUGCAUGGUGCAAGAAAGCGUGGCAGGCGACGUUGGAGAUGAGAGUUGGCAAAGUGGCUGCCCAAACCAAGCUGAUCAACAAUGUCUUGUCCCGCGAAGGUGGAGCCCUCAAGCUGCAGUUGGACGCGCCAGCUCUGUCUGAGUUGAAGGAGCAGUACACCGAGCACAAGAGCACCGUUUCUGAGAACUCUCUUCCGAAGUUGCUAUUCAUGGGUCGCUUUGGACUGACUCAAGCCAUGUUCGAGGAAGGCCUGCAGACAGGCGAAUUCUAUGAGAUUGAUGCCGAUGAUGGCAAGAAGCGCUAUGCGUGGACAGAAAGUACAAAAAAGACAACCCAUGCAACCUCCAGUGGCCACAAAAUGGAGGCUUCCAAGCAGCUCACCAGGAGCCAAGCAGCAGUGGAGAAUGCCAAGUUUGCGACCUGGAGCAGCAACCUGUUCCAUGCAGCCUUUGUGUCAGGCUGCCAGCAGAAGGCUUUGCCUCCAGGCCCAUCUGGACCACUGGCAAUUUGUGAUAUGGAAAGGACGUUGGAUCGGGAGCAAUGGGAGCAGGCCAAGGGCAACCUGGCCGAAGCCAUGGCUGCCUUCGACAAAAUCGAGAAAGACGCCAAAAAGUUGCUGUCGGAAGUGAACUCCGAUGGCGACGAAUUGUUCGACACUUUGAAAGCCAUGAUUCAGUCCUUGCUCGCUGAGAAGAACACCCUGAACAAUGCUUACAUGUGGAAAGAGUCGCCUGACAAGCAGCCUUUAACCAUCAAAAGCUAUAGCAGUUUGGUUGGGCAUGCAGGAGUCAUGUGCAAGAAGCUCAGCGAGCAGGUGGCAGGUGUGAAAGGAUCAUUGGGGCAGCGGGCCAAGGCUGCCAAAUGCACUUCCUGA